UACAGAGUGAGACAACAUCGCGCAGGCGAAGUCAGAUUUUUGGAGCGCCAAGUUAAAAUUAACCAAUGGGCAACAGAUUACGCAUGUGUUUCCGGUUGCAUUCUGUCAAAGCGGUUUGUUGUCACAGGCCUUUGCUCUGCUGCCGUAGUGCCGGAUACUAUUUCCAACGUGGUUUUGAAGAUGCGUGCGCACGGAAAGUCACUAUGGAAGUUUUACGAUCUUACAGGAAAAGGGUCAAUUAAGGGCAUAAUUAGACCAAAUAUCAUACCAUAGGUUUACCUUUAAGGCUUUAUCAAUCGAAAAGUAAUAAUUUGCAAAAACGCUCGUAUAGAUACUAUGUUUAAAAUUAGUUUGCUGAAAAUCGGAACUUAAAAUUUUAAUAAAUAAUUGAGUAUUUAAAGCCCGGUUGUACAAUCGCUGGUCAAAAGUGAUGGUCAGCCAACUAGUAGUUACAGUUAACUAAUAGUUAAAUCAGUAAUGCGUCUUUCAAUCCCGUUCCAACUGUUGGUUGGGGAACUAGAAGUUAAUAUUAAAUUUCCUUUCGUUGGUACUCAACAGUGUACUUGUAAGCAUGCGCGGCGAGUCAGCUGUUCGCUCGCAUCUGUGUUGUCAUAUUUUGUUGACGUUUUGAAUACACGCGUUAUAUUAGUUCCUUGGUUUUUUUUUAUAUUGUGAUUGAAAAUUGCAAUAACAUUUUCUUUUCAUAAAGUUAUUGUGUAAACUGUCUACAAAGGUAUGAAACAAUCAAAUAGCACUAUAUUAAUUGUUUUAACAAUAUUUUAUAAUGUACAAAGUAUUUGAUUACCUAUAUAUAAUUGUAGAAUGGAUAAAAAAGACAGCAGUAAGCGAAGCGCAAAUUUUUCGAAAGAAGACGAAAGUUUACUUAUCGAUAUAAUAGCAGAAAAUAAAGACGUCAUAGAGAAUAAGCAAUCUGGGGCUCAGCACUGGAAAGAUAAAGAAAAGGCAUGGGAAAAAGUGACUGAUUUGUUCAAUGCCAAUAGUACUAGUGGAGCCAGAUCUACCAAAACAUUGAGGGACAAAUAUAACAAUUUAAAGAAAAAAACUAAAGAAAAAAAUUCAAAAAUUAUUUUGAGCUUUAGAAAAACUGGUGGAGGAGAUAGCGAAGAAAAAGAGCUGAAUCCAGUAGAAGCAAAAGUUAAACAGUUAAUGGGUGUCCAAGUUGAAGGGCUUCCCAGUAGUUAUGACUGUGAUAAUGAAAUAGUUCAUAACCCCCCUAGUAUUGAGGAAUAUGUGAUGGCAGAAUAUGAACAGAUUGUCCCAGGACCUUCGGGAAGUAAUCGACAAGAAGGCGUGGAGGAAAUAGAGACUGACUGGACUGCAUAUUGUCCAAAAAAAACUCUCUCAACAAACUUCCAAAAAAUUAAGGGGGAAAAGUAGAUUUGGAGUUAACCAAGGAAAAAAAGUUUAUUCUAAUCCUAUCAUUGACGCGAAACUUGAGUUCAUCAAGCUGCAAAAACAAAAGUUUUUGGAAGAACAUCAGUUAAAAAUGGCGAUAUUGAAAACGGAGUUGAGAUUGAAGCAAAAACAAUUGCGUAAUUUUAAACAAUAAAACAAAAGUGGAGUCA